AUGGCCUGCAGGUCUCUCGCCCGACAAUGCGCGCGCCUGCGCCCUUCGUCCCGUCCCUCAACCCUUCCGGUACAACGCCUAAGCUUGCUACGUGGUCCAGCUCCCCGCAGAAACUACGCGACCUCCGUCUUCGCCGCGGACCUCAAGUUCGGCCAACCAUUGCACGAAACACAUCCCCAUCUUCUCGACCCCGGUGAACUCACCCCGGGAAUAACUGCACUCGAAUAUGCCCAGCGUCGGUCACGCCUCGCCAACAAGCUCCCCAAAGGCGCUGUCGCUAUUCUCGCCGCGAGUGAAGUGAAAUACCGGGCCCCCGGAAUCUUUCAUGAAUACCGACAAGAAUCCAACUUCUUCUACCUGACAGGCUUCAACGAGCCGAACGCGCUUGCAGUUAUUGCCAACGAUGGAUCUGGCGACAAUCACAUCUUCCACCUGUACGUUCGGGAAAAGGAUGCGAGGGCAGAACUAUGGGAUGGUGCGCGGUCUGGCACCCAGGCCGCCGUCGAUGUCUUCAAUGCGGACGAGGAGACUUUCCAGACGGGAAACAUCGAAAACAUCGGAGACGUCUUGCCCAAUAUCGUGAGCGGCGCCACCGAAGUUUACUCCGACAUCCCUGCAUUCGACAGUUCCAGGUCAUCUCUCCACCGGUAUCUUUACGGACCUACAGUCGCAUCAGAGAAGCUCAAGAAGACCGUUGAUCACCGCAAGGUCAAGCCGCUGAAGCCUAUUCUCAACGAGAUGCGGGCGUUUAAGAGCGAGAACGAAGUGGUGCAUAUGCGCAUGCUUGGUCAAGCCUCUGGUCGGUCCUUCACCGAUUCGAUGCGCGAGACUUUCGACCGGGAAAAAGCUUUGACAUCCUUCCUCGAGUAUCAAUUCAAGGUCAACGGCUGCGACGGAAGCGCCUUCGUUCCUGUUGUAGCAGGCGGUCAGAAUGCCUUGAGUAUUCAUUACACCAGAAACGACGAUAUCCUGCGGGAUGGAGAGUUGGUCCUCGUGGAUGGUGGUGGUGAGCUUGGAGGCUAUAUCUCCGACAUCACAAGAACCUGGCCCGUAAACGGAAAGUUCACCGACCCCCAGCGGGAACUGUACAGUGCCGUGCUCAACGUGCACCGGACCUGUCUGGCUCUUUGCCGGGAGAGCGCGAACCUCUCUUUGGAUCAGCUGCACAACAUCGCCGAGAACGGUCUGAAGGAGCAGCUGAAGCAGCUCGGGUUUGACCUGCCUGGAAGCGCCAUCAACACUCUUUUCCCCCACCACCUGGGUCAUUAUGUCGGCCUUGAUGUUCACGACUGCCCGGGGUACUCUAGAGGAUAUACCCUGAAGGCGGGCAACUGUAUCACUAUUGAACCGUUCGUCUCCACCCCUGACCAACUCCAGGGUAGUAUAGAGCUAAUUUCACGCAGUGGUAUCUACGUGCCCCACGACGAUCGAUGGCCUGAGCAUUUCCGUGGUAUCGGCAUUCGCAUUGAAGAUAGCGUUUGUGUGGGAGAUGACCAUCCUAUCGUUCUGACCCCCGAGGCCGUCAAGGAGGUCGAGGAUAUUGAGGCCCUGCGUAGUUAA